GGCGCUUCUGCUGCUGCUGCUGCUGCUGCAACCGGAGACCAGACGCGGCUCCGGAUCACGAAGAGCCUCAGUGCGCAUGCGCCGUCUGCACCGUUUACUGUAUAUUCACAGUGGGGGGAAUAGGGGCAGACGACAAAACCAAGCCCUGUUUUUUUUUAAUACAGCGAAGUGGAAUCUAACAUGUAAAUAACAUCCAGGAGGCAAGGCGGAAUAGCAACAGGUGUGAUGAGACAAAGGAACAAAGGAUGCCUUAGAAGAGAGGCAGAGAGCAAGGCUGGAAUCUGCUUCAAAGCACACCAAAUGGAUCUAUCUCUUCUCCUUGCAUCCAGAUCAUGAUACUUGGCUUAAAGCUUUAAUCAUCUUUAUGAUCCCUCCUCCAUCUAUGGCGAACUAUAGCCAUGCAGGGGACCACAACAUCUUGCAGAAUGUCUCUCCCCUCGCCACAUUCCUCAAACUAACCUCCCUGGGCUUCAUCAUCGGCGUCGGUGUUGUGGGAAACCUCCUGAUCUCUAUCCUGCUAGUCAAAGACAAGAGCCUGCACCGUGCGCCCUACUACUUCUUGUUGGACCUGUGCGCCUCAGACAUCCUGCGCUCAGCCAUCUGCUUCCCCUUUGUAUUCACCUCGGUGAAGAACGGCUCGGCGUGGACGUACGGCACCCUCACGUGCAAAGUGAUCGCCUUCCUGGGUGUGCUCUCCUGCUUCCACACAGCCUUCAUGCUGUUCUGUGUCAGUGUGACACGCUACCUAGCUAUCGCACAUCACCGCUUCUAUACCAAGCGGCUGACCCUGUGGACGUGCUUGGCUGUGGUGUGCAUGGUGUGGACGCUGUCAGUGGCCAUGGCCUUUCCGCCUGUGCUGGACGUGGGCACGUACUCGUUCAUCCGCGAGGAGGACCAGUGCACGUUUCAGCACCGCUCAUUCCGCGCCAAUGACUCGCUGGGCUUCAUGCUGCUGCUCGCCCUGAUCCUCCUGGCCACCCAGCUUGUCUACCUCAAGCUCAUAUUCUUCGUUCACGACCGGCGCAAGAUGAAACCUGUCCAGUUCGUGCCUGCUGUCAGCCAAAACUGGACCUUCCACGGACCAGGGGCCAGCGGGCAAGCAGCGGCUAACUGGCUGGCUGGUUUCGGCCGAGGCCCGACGCCUCCAACCUUGCUGGGCAUCCGGCAGAACGGCAAUGCGGCAGGCAGACGGCGCCUCCUGGUGUUGGAUGAGUUUAAGACUGAGAAGAGGAUAAGCAGAAUGUUCUACGUCAUGACUUUCUUCUUCCUUAGUCUGUGGGGGCCCUACCUAGUGGCGUGCUACUGGAGAGUGUUCGCCCGUGGCCCUGCCGUGCCAGGAGGCUAUCUCACAGCAGCUGUAUGGAUGAGCUUCGCUCAGGCUGCCGUCAAUCCCUUCAUCUGCAUCUUCUCCAACCGUGAGCUCAGACGUUGCUUCAGCACCACGCUCCUCUACUGCAGAAAGUCCAGGUUACCCAGGGAACCCUACUGUGUUAUAUGAAGGCUACAUUUUUUUGGAUCUUGGGUAAAUUUUUUGGCUCCCCCUGGGUGGUCAGGGGUACAUCCUUGUUGUAUAGUUCUCCUUUUCUUCAUCUUCUUCAGUAUAACCCCUGUACACAGCCCUGCCCUCACCCUGUAGGCCUGGUGUCAAACUGUCAAUCAAACACACCUCUCGAUGUGAAUCAGCGUCGGAUGCAAAGCUUGAAGGGAAUAAAAUAAUCAGGGAGUGGAGGAACCCCUCCUGUGUUUAUGUUCUAGUAAACAACUGCUGCGGAAGGCCGUUUUAAAGCAGAUAAGCAAAAAAAAAAAAGAAUAAAAAAAGAAAGGGAAAUAAAAAAGAAAGAAAGAAAAAAAGGAAAGAUGGAAUCAAAAUGCGAUUUUAAUAAUGGACUCAUGCCUUCGCUUUGGAUAAGUUGAAGACUAACGUUGUACAUGACAGAAUCACUGGAAUGGUUUUUUUGUUUAAAAGUUGCACUAAGCUAAAAAAAAAAAAAAAAAAGAUAAAGUUGCUUUUUUCCUGAUUUGCAUUGCAAGGAUGUCUCAUUUUUUCCCCAAACUGACAUACGAAUGCUUUCUUUUGCAACAGACUACUCAUUUACUGUAAGUAAACAAAACAUGUGAGGUGACAAACUCUAUUGGAAUACACCUUCACAGGAGGAUUAAAUUGGUUUAAAUGUAAGUGAUAUCUUUUUUCAGUUUUUGGGGGAUGGGUGGGGAGGAUUUUGGGACAAAAGGGUUACUGAUGUGUGGUUUUCCAAUUGCAACUUUAAAUUAUUUCCUGUAGUUUUAUGAUCCAUGCAGUAUGUCCUCGUCUGGCAGUAUUCUUUUUCUUAUCUCGGUUUCUAACGGUCUUAAAACAAUUUUUGGUUUUUAAAAGUUGCUUUUGAGAACCUUGUGCUAAAAUGAACAUGGAGAACCAGUUCAAUGUUUCAUAUCCAUGUUACCCAGCCACUGACAUUGUUACAGUAUUGCUGAUACCACUCCAGAUGUUCUUGCCUUAAUUGUUCUGAUAUUUGUUAUUUUGGGUCCGAUUUUCAAAUGUGCUCCUCUGAAAUGCCUCCAGGCUUCCAAGGAGCAUUUUCACAUUGAACUAAAGUGCAUGUUCAUUUUAAAAGCAUAUCCACUUUCAUAAGCGUCGCCACUGGAAAUGCACCAGACGCCCCAUUUCUUCUCCUGAAGCGGUUUUGCUGUACACCUACACUCCACUGAGUGCACAGAGUGCAAGAAGCAGAGAAGCGCUUGCGUGUGUGUAUGUGUGUAAGCUGGACAGCUGUCACAUCAAGACCAGAGCCUUAGUAUAAAAUCUUGCACAAUUUGUAAAAAAUGUACUGGAAAACAACAAAAAAACAUUGUAUUUAAGGCACAGCGUCUUGUUUAUACCCAACAUUUGCUCUUUACUGAUUGUUUUGAUUAACUUUUUUCUCUUGUGGCCAUUUUAAUAUUUAUUAUGUAUUUUUUUGUAUAUUAUAGAUAAAUAGUGUGUAAGUUUGUGAGUCUUUCAUUUUAGAGUCCCGGAUGUGAGUACUGUUUAAGUUAGGAUUGCAUUUGCUGAAAGUUAACUGUGUAAUCUGUUGCUUACAUUUUUGAAAAUAAAAUUUUACAUUUUGCAAAAUGCGAACGUUCUUCUGAUUGAAAAUCAGCCAGUUCAACUGAGUUCCCUAUUUGUUCACGUUCUUUCCACGAAAGCUAAAGUGACCUGAACUUUGUUUUUUACACAAGCAGAUCUUUUUAAUAAUCGUUACAUUUUCGAAUCUACUGAAUUUCUUUUGAGUGAAACAUUGCCGAAAAUGUUUGCAGUUUUCUGAACACAUGUCCAUCUAUCCUUUCUGUUUUUUUGGGUUUUUUUUGGUAUGAUUAUUCUACACGUUGCCUAUAUCCUGGUUUGCAUUGUUGUACAUCCUGUACAUCCUGUAUGUGUUCCUAUUCCUGCCUAAUGUACAUGACAAAUGCCAUGCAAUAUCAUUUUCUAAAAGGCUCCCAUGUGACUGAAGUGUGGCCCACUCUGCUGUGUGCAUUCUAUCAGUAAGCCUACUACUCCUUAGUAAGGAAAAACCGUGAAGAAUAGCUCUAGAUAAAGAGAAAGACUGGAGUUCUUUGUAUGGAAUGAUCCUGUGUUUGGCCAGGUUCUUGGCAAAACUCUUAGACACUCUAUAUUGUUUUAUAAAUUUUUUGUGUUUGAUGUUUAUUUUAUACCUUUCCGUCUUCUCAAUGAACAGAAAAUAGCCAAUUUUCGGUUUCCAAACAGUCAUUGUCCAAAAAAAAUUAAAUAUUACAGAGAAAUAUAAUGCUAUUAAAUAAAGUAUCAUAUUAAUUAAUAGACCACUUUUUUUUUUAGAUUAAAAGCAAGGGCUUUCAGAGAUUAUGGGCAGAAAGACAAGCAAGUGCAACAGCCAAAUUCUCCAAAAGCCUGAAAAAUCUACCAGCCAAAUUUCUUAUUAAACAGUGUACCCAAGAGAACAAAUGCCAAAUAUUGACUUGAUAUAGUUUUCUGCUCUUACUUGUCCAUUUUUAUAAGUAGAACCAUUUCCUUUAAUUAUUGCUGAAAGCAUUGUUGCAUUACAGAAUUUCUUUACAUGUGACUAAGACUUUUGCCUAGUACUGUAUAUAUACAAUAUUCACUUAGAAGGUUGUUGUAGUCACUGAAUAAUAUUCAUUGAGAUGAAUAACUGAACAGUUAUUUGGGAGUUUUAGGGUUAAAGCUUUAACAAAAGAAGAUUUUCUUUUCAGAAAAGGAGCUCUUUUAGAAAGAUAAAACUCUUCACCAUCGAAAAAACACCUUUUUAACAGUUCACCUUCUGGUCCUCAGACUUCCAGCUUAACAAUCAACUGUUCAUUUUUGUUUUAAUAAUGCACAAGUUGUAAAAUGUUGGUCGAUGACAAGCAAACAUUCAGUUUAUUGAUGAUUUGAUUAUUUCUGUUUUUCACUGUUGUGAUGGAACCAUUUGCCUGAAGGCUGUUUUGUGUGAAAUUUGUACCUGGUCACGAAUUUCUCAAUUAUAUUACAAGGGGAAAUGGAUAGAAAGAAGUUAGCCGGUUGUAGUGUUCUACUUGCUUCAAGGUUAUGGUAUUUGCUUUGUGCUUAUACAUCUGGUUUCAACAGCCUGUGUUCUCUCCCAAUGGAAAUGAGUAUAUUGAUUUUGUGUCCAUUUUUAUAUAACAUGGCAGACUCUAAAGUGAGACAUAAGUUUGCCCAAUGUCCCUUGAGUGGAAACAUGAAACAGAGAUCCUUCCUUCAUCUUCUGCUAAAGACGUGGCACGUACAUCGUCUUAACUCUCAUUUCCUGUUCACUGUUUAGCACUGGAUGCUUUAUUGACAUAGAUCAUUCUCUAUGGAAAUGCAACUAUAAAAUGUUUUUUUAAAAAUGCAAUAUAUGUUAUCAUUAUCUCAGUGCAUAGAGAUAUAAGCCAAUGUAUAGACUCAGUGCAUAAAGAUACAAAGCAAUGCAUAGACUCAAUGCAUAGACAUAUAUAAACCAUAGACUUAAUAGCAUAGACUUUAUUCAUAGUUAUAUGAACGGAUGCAUAGACUCAGUACAUAGAUAUAUAAACCAAUGUAUAGCCUUAAUGCAUAGAAAUAUAAUCCAUUGUAAAGCCUUGAUGCAUAGAAAUACAAAGCAAUACAGUAUAUAAACUCCAGGCAUAGAGAUAUUUGUAGAGACUCACAUGCUCAGCAAUGCUCCUGAUGGCAUGCAUGUGUGAAGGGAAUUUUUUUUGUUUCAGUUUACAAAAAUAUGCAAUUUACCUUGUUACUCUUACCUCAAAAUGACAUCUGACAGUAUAUCUGAAUAUUAGUAUAGUAGAUGUAGAUGAAAAGGAUUUUCAUGUUUGCGCCCAUGUGUUAUAGUCAUGCCAAAGUUGCCUUAAAUUCAGUUUUCUUAUUGAAAGUUUCCUGUCCGGAUUCCCGGUUGAUAAUGGCAGUGUCCUCAGCUAAAAAAAUGCUUGAACAGGCAGGCCUUUCUCUUUUGUUCAGAGGGCAGGCGUCCUUUUAUAGUCUGGUCUCUGGUAUGCGAAUGCAAUAUAGCAGCAUGUUGCAGGUUAUUGCUCUGUCUGUGCAUUAGAACGAGCUUCAGGCAGGUGGUGGUGAUGGAGGUGGUGGUGGUGGUGUGUGUGUGUGUGUGUGUGUGUGUGUGUGUGUGUUUGUGUGUAUGGUGGGGGGUGUUCAUUACUACUAUGUUAGCCUGGGCAGUAAAGCAGGAUUGGGGCCACAAGGUCCAUGCUUCCCUCAGCAUUCCCAGGUGAAAUAUCACAGAGGCAGCUAACAGUUAUCGAUGUUCCUGGAGCAGGACAGUGUUGUCAAGGCAGGACUGGAACAGCAGGGGGUUAUUGUGGGUAGCCAGGGGGGUACCUUGCCAUCGCUGAAGCACAGCUGCAGAUCGAUACCUAAAGUGAACCGUAAUGCAGAAAUCUUUUCUAACCAUUGUUUAUAUAUGCACAGUAAAAACAGUUAUAUAAAACCAGAAUCAAUGCUAACUACACCAGCAGGAUCCAAUAUGUGCUAUAGCUGUAAUCAAUCCACAGUCAGAUGCUUUAAUGGUGAUGAAAUAUUAGUGAUUAUGUUGUGAUGUUGUGAUGAGAGGCAGUGGGAGGAGGAAAUAAGGGGAAGGUAAAACACGUGUCCAGCUGUGUUGCUGCGCCUGCAGUGCAUAAACAGCUUUCCAAUGUGUUUGUUGACAAUCUGUCGCUCUCCGUUCCUCUCUCUAAAAAAAAAAAGUGUGAUUAUGCUUGAAUAUGCUUUAUCUGUAUGAUAUGCACGCCAGAGUGUGGAGGAAGGAAGACAGGGAUGCUUGAGUUAAAGCCCAAUAAAAAGCAAGAUGAUGAUCGGUAGUCCCUUGAGGUCUUCCUCAACAAAAUGUUGCUGUAUUUCUCAUUAGCUGGUCUUGGAAUACAAAUGAUCAGGCAGACGCUUUCAACUAUUUAGAUUUGGACGGAAGAUUUUUGUCUCUGGCACAUUACUGCAGUUCUGUGUGUUAUUCUAUGCUUUUUAGGAACUGGUUAAAAGGUAAUUAGCUAUUAGUUAUUAAAACUUAUUGGUUACUGGUUAUUAGGAACUGGUGGGGGUAAAAAGGAAAAAUCCACCCUCAACAACAUAUGCAUAUCAAAUCUAAUACGCAUAAUCUUUAUAAUUAACUUGUGAUCGGAUUAUUUAUUUUAAAUCGUUUUAUCAAUUUAUUUUGUAAUGAAAUUCUGCAUUUUUUUUCUGACUUUUCAUCUAUAUCUUGGUUUAUUAUCACUAUUGUUAAUGGUUUCAUUACCCACAAUGCCUACCUACUUUGACUACCUGCUGAUAGAGGUGCCAGUGAGAUUUAACUCUUGCUUCCUCUCUGGUGAAGAGACUGAUGCAGCAGUGCUUUAGGCUUUUAGUCUGUCCAGCUCUCUCACCUCCUCAUCUUACACUCUGCUCUAACAGAUCAGCUUCAAAGGCAUCAUGCUUUCAUGCUAAUAAUGCUGUCAAUGCCAUCAUACUUUUCAUCUCAUAGAUCGCUAACUAACCGAGUCAUGUGUAACUCAUACUGUAACUCAGUGCAGCCGUGUUGUAUAGCUGCAUUGCAUUCUGGAACUUUGAGUCCAAAGUUUGUUGUUUUCACUACUUCUACACUUUAUUUCUCAUUAAUACAUUCAAUGUAUUUUGGUCUUUUGGAGCUAACACUGAAACCUGACCAUUAUCCAUUAUUUUUUGGAGAUGACGGCUGUUUUGUUUUUUUUUCCUAUUAAACACCACUAGCAAUGUCCUCCUGUGAUGUCGGCACACAGCUACUGACUUCUCAGGGGAAUAAUGAAAAUACAUCACGAACCGACGAAUUAGAACCAGAAUCACUAAGCACAUCACAAAUAUUUCAGUAUAAACACAUUUAAUGUUUCAUAGGGUGGACUUUUCUUUUAACUCUUGCAUAUUUAAUAAUGUUUUGUUUUGUAUGUUGGCUUGAAGGUUUUCUGUUUCAAUGAAACUAACUUUUAGACACUAUAAAAACAGUCUGUUGGAUAUACCACAGAUAGUAUCCAUGCUGAGUGCUGAUGCUUGUUGACAAGAUAAGUACAAGACAUGCUGUAGGAUGCCAGAAUCCUGUAAUUUUUGUCUGGCUUUGUGGAAUACCAAGUUAGUAUAUAUUCUCUUUUUCAAUCUUACCAUGAAGAGAAGGGAAUUAAAUGACAGCAUUUGCGCCCGUUGAGCAGCCUGGGGUAAAAUGCCUUGUUUAAGUGCACAUUUGCUAAAAAAUCACUGCACUGCACUCCAGCUCUCUGCCCCAAUGUCCACUUCCACACUGAAUUAGACAUGCAGCCCCCUGGUUAGACAGACAGGGCUACCAACUCUGUCCAUUUUUUGCCUCCUUCACUGCUUCAAGGGGACUAGUCAUCACAUGAAUACACAUCAUGUUCUUUCCCUGUCUGCAUAUUUUGCAUGAGCUGUCCUAAAUGUCAGCACUAGCUCAGAGAAAGCCGCCAUAACAGGUGUGUCCAGUCUUAUCUGUAGCAGCAGGGUUUUCAUUCCAACCAAUGACAAGCCACUAUGGUGGCCCAUAAGUGCAAAACACGCAUACAAACUAAAAACUCAACAGCCAAUCAGAAAACACAACAACAGAACCAAAAACACAAUAGCGAAUUCAGAAACACAUCAAUAUUAACUCAUAACAGAAAGGGCAGGUCCUUAUUGAACAUCCUUUGUUUACAGUAAGAGAAAACAUGGGCCUAAAUGAAUUAAUUGAUACUUUUAUUGUGCUAACUGGCUUAUAAAGUGCUUGUGAUGUUUCCUUGUGAUUGUCAGACACUGUGUCCAAUCAGCAAUGAACGUGUUCAACAAGGACUUGCCCUUUCUGAGUUGUGUUUCUGAAUUCGCUGUUGUGUUUUUGUU